UGCAGCUGCGCCUCCAGCCUUGCCUCUGAUCACCAAGACGCUCACCGGACAAAACUUAGGCAUCAUCGAAAUCAGAGUCGGGAUUCGAAACUUUUCAGCUUUAAUCCAAAUAUUGCUACGAAGAAGAUUUUCCAACAUGAGUUCCCAUGGCCAAAUCUCACAGCCUGCCACCAUCCCGCUGAUCAGUACCGCUACCGAGCCCAAUACACGCAGACAGCGAGUAAGCCGGAUCGAUGCCAUAGCUGAACAUCUGAUGCCGGGGUCAUGCUCGGAGUCAGCUUACUUGCAAGAAAUCGUCUGCUACUGCAUGUGGCUGAAUCUCAUUGCGUGUCACGUCGCCAACAUCACGCCAAAGUAUUUCGAGAAUAGCACACGAUACCCAUAUUUCGCGCAACGGAUCAACCCUCUUCUUUCUGAAAUAGAGGCAAGGCUUUCUAAGGAGCUCAGCGACGAGAUCUAUCAAACCCAUGCAAAGGCCCACAUCAUGGAGGUCACAAAGCUUAUGGAUAAGCGACAAUUGUACAAAUUCUUGGAAGAUAAUCGUACUGUUCGAUUCUUCAAGACUCUGAUUCAUGUCCAAACAGCUUUUGUGGAGGAUCUGCGGAAUCUAUCUGAUCUUUUCUGGUCGCCCAUGAUAUCAAGCUUGAGAGGUACGUGUCGAAUAUCGAGACACAACGACCAGAGAGGUUACAGUGAGAUCUAUUCUGAGAUUGCAACACUGAACGAGGAAAGGCUGAUUGUUUUACUCAACCUCCUCCGCGCAUUACGAAAUGCCAUCGGCGUUGCAGGUGAAUCCAAAAAAAUCAAUCCGGCUCUGCUUCAAACCCUGAAAAGACAGCUGCAAAUGUUUGACAGCGACUCACUAUACGCGCAAGCAUGCUUUUUGGUUAAUUGGGAAUCACCUCAAGAGCCAUGUCUUGUUCAAGAUACAUCGGGAAAAUGGUGGACGGUACCUCUGACAGCUGAAAAUGAUGCGUCAGCUCCCCAAAAUGCAUUCUCUGCGUAUCCGCAUGGACAAAAUAUGCGCUCAACAUUAACAGUUAUAGUCCCAAUCAUGUCGCUACUCUCCAUCUUUCCCGCCGUGGUCGCCUGGAUGCAUGGAGAGACAGCUCUGGGCAACACUCACGACUCAAAUUUCUGGCAAGCAAUCUCUAACAGUAUCAUGCAUCUUCUAGGCCUUUUGACUUUCGUAUGGCCCACAUGGAAGCAUACUCGCCUGUCACAAUUGACAUGGUCCUGGAUUUGGAUCCUUGCUGGCUUUAGUGCUAUCUGCUCAGUUGGAAGUAUUCCGCUAUACUUGAAGGUCUCGCCAACAUGGAGCUUUUCUGUCUCAUUUGCGGCAGUACUUGCGCAAGCUGUUGUGCAGCUGCGGGUGAUCAACGUCAUAUGAAUGUGCGGACAUAGUCCCGAGAUCUGUAGCUUGUUCCUCUUGUUACAAAAAACGACAUUUCCUUUUGUCAUAGAUACAUC